AAUUCAUAGCCACCUAUGGCGCGAACCCUGAUCACUUCUGGAAUAAAUUGCCCUUGCUCAGUGAUGGACAUAUCGUCAAGCAGUUGUUGAAAGUGCUUGGCCACCAUUCGGAGAUGAAUGAUUUGACUCAGAGGCUGCUUGAGAUUAAGUUAUACGAACAAGUUCAAUUGCUCGAGAAGAAUAUCACUCUGCGAAAGGGUGAGACAACUAGAAGCGUGGCUCUCCAACGUGUGCUAGGUCACAAAGCUUCCCGGGCGGAAGACUUCAAAGUCGAUCGCGGGAAGAAGCUGUCGCAUUUUGAGCUCGUCGAUUUAUUCCGCAUCUCAAAGCCUCAUUGGAGAAAAUGGCGUAAGAUCAUUCAAGAAGAAUGGGCCAAAGACCUCAAUGAUGUUCUGUCCAAAAUCUACAAACAGAUACCUUCACAGACUCCGUUCAUCCCCGAGAUGGGAGAGGGAGAAGCACGAACUCCGGAUUCUGAAGUAGAAAAUUCUAAUCUGCCCAUAUUGAGUUUCUCAGCAUCAGCCGACCAAGUUGACAGCCAGGCAGAUAGCCUUGAAAGCAGGAAACGUGGAACAAUACAAAAGGAACAAAAUUCGAGUUCCGCAGAAGCGAUUAUUUCCAAUAAGCGAUCAGCGUGCGACCUCUACCCGCUAGCUACGAAAAGACAAUGUGUUGGCCAGGUAGUGCUUCCUUCGCAAGGCCACACAGCGGAAUCAGGCGUUCCGAACAACCGGACAGUGCAACCUAGCAACGACAAUUCCGCGCGCCCUGACUCAAUUGUUCGAAGUCCGAACUAG